AUGAAGAGCAUCAAGCAGCACCCCGCAGCGCACAAGGUGCUGACCCGCUUGUCCGCGCACGUCGACAGGGUCAAGGCGCUCAAGGAGGUGAAGCUCAAAGAGGUGCCCGAGGCACUCAAGGCCGAGUUGGCGGCCCUGAAGAAGCGCGCGACAGGGACGGUCGAGCUGCCGCCGUCGUCACGCGACUUCCCCCUGCCGCCCGUCAUUGAUGACGUCUACGACGCCCUGGAGAACUUUCUGCGCGCGGUGGUUCGUCUGCUGCUGGGCGGCAAGAGAGGCAAGCUGACUAUCGUCAAAGGCUUCAAGCCUGGCAGGUGGGUCACAGCUAUGGCUGCACUGACUGAGGAAGUAAUGCAUGUGGGUGUGUCGUGUCGUGUCGACUUGCAGAUAUCUGGGUCGGUGGUAUGAGGUGGCGAGCAUCAAGAAGAGCUACGAGAAGGGCCUGGGCGACACGACGGCCGUCUACUCCCGCGGCAAGGGCGGAACCAUCAAGGCGCGCAACGCCGGCUACACCAAGAAGGGCGUGGGCAAGCAGGUGGCCAUCGAGGGAGCCGUCAACUGGCCCGCCGCCAACACCAAAGACAAGGAAGGCCGACUCACGGUGGGCAGACACAGACACACACUCCAAUGGAUGGAUGGAUGGAUGGAUGGAAACCAAGACACUCUGCUCUGUGUGUGGUGUGUGUCCGUGUGUGUCUGUGUGUUCAGGUGACGUUUUCGUUUCUGAAGGGUCUGGUCCGCGUGACGGCUCCGUACGUCAUCAUCGACCUGGGCGGAGGUGGCCCUCUGUCGUGCUUCCGCUACACCCACGCCGUUGUGUGCAACGGCCCCGCCCGCACGGCAUGCUUCAUCCUCUCCCGACGCAAGAAACUCCCAGACCGGCAGCUCAGGCGCAUCUUCCGCAAGCUCCACGCCAUGGGCUUCAACACGCGCAAGAUCACUCUGACCCCGCAGCUCUACGGCAUGAAGCACUGACUGAGAUAUAUGUGGAGAGAGAGAGGGGAGAGGGGGCGAGAGAAGGGGGGGCUGGGUGAUUUUUCGGGCAGAUGGGCUAAUUGGACGAGAGAGGGGUUGGUUGGUUGGUUUUUGUGUGUGGGUGCGUGUAGUGAGUGCGGAGUGCUUUUGGGUGUUAAUUUGGUGCAUGAUACUAUCAUUCUCACGAGAUGCGAUUGCAGGGUGUGGUGGCUAGCUAGGACAGAAGUAGGGAAGUACAGAAGUGCCUGUAAGACGGGGGACGGGACGAGAUGCUUUUACAGAGAGAAGCGAUGCGAUGGAACAGAGAGCCGGGGGCGCUCUGGUCUGAUCGUAUGCGGCCUGGUUGUCUGUCUGUCUG